AUGCCAUUGGCCAUGUAUAAGUUUCUGCUCGUCACCUCAAUAUUUCUCAUCGUUGCCGGUCUGAUUUUAACGGCGUUUUCACUGUUCAGCCCGCUUUGGGAGGUGAGUUCGUCUUUUAAGCCAAUUGUUUGCAUUUUAUGUGAGCAUUUCAUUGAACGCAACUUUUCAGGUGGUCGACUUCCCGCGCGCACACUUAUCCCAUCACCACGGACUUUGGUGGGAUUGCAUCGUUCAUCAUGGCACUCUCAUACCGCUUCAUGAGGUGCAAGCCGAGCAGCGAGGUCGGUUUGGACGUUUUGUGGAAACCAACUUUUUAUUUUGGUUUAAGGCGAUCGAUGUGAGAGCAAAAUGGAUUCGUCGGUGCAGGCCAACUUGAGAGGAGCUCUCGAAAAAGGCGACGAAGAGGCAAAGGAGCUGUUGUUGCACAGAUUUUUGCGUAUGUUCGACAGUAUCGAAUGGGUUAGCAGAGAACAAAUAUUCAGCGCAUCACAAAGGCGUCAUAUUCUUCACUGUAUUCACAUUCGUUUUCGGCCUCAUCUCCAUUCUGAUCGGCUCGUGUUCCCCAUGCUUCCCGCCCAAUGCACUUCUCUAUGUUGUGGGCGUGUUCAUGACGGGAGCGUGCUCUCUGUUGGCCGAUAUCAUCUACGUGUUUGCAUUCAAUCAGAAGCCGAUUUUUGUGAAAGAUGCUCAAAUUCAUGAGCACGAUUAUGCGUCAAUGACAAGAGAAAAACGAGGCAUCGGACCGAUUUAUGUGAGUCGUUAUAAAGUAGUACUGUAUGGGCUCUAUUCAACGUCUAGAAGCAGAGAAUAGAGCAGAGUUGCCACGGGCCGGGCCGGGCGGGGCCGAAAUUUUCAAAACUCCGGCCCGGUUCAAAAAGCGGGAAUCCAAAUUUUGAACUAUUGAUUAAAUAAAAUGUUUGUUUUUCGUAGAACUAACGAAUUUUGCAAGUAUCGAGCAUAAAAAAGAAAUGUAGUUCUCAAAAAUAGUUUUUAUCGGCAUCAAAGCAAAAGUAACAAUUAAAAAAGAAGAAAAUAAUAACGAUUUUUAUAGAGCACUAGUAGAAUUUAAUUUUGAUCCCCGCAAAAAAAACGAAAAAAUAGAUUUCCCCCAAAAAUUUGAAUUCGCGCCUUUUGAGCCGGGCCGGGCCAGCAAAUUUUCGGCCCGGCCCGGCCCGUAUUUUGGCAAGUCUGGUAUAGAGUUAAUAAGAAAUUUUCAGAAACGUCUGGGACUCGCCAGCUACAUUCACAUGUUCGGCUCCUUACUUCUUCUCGCCGCCUUCAUCAUCUCCAUCUUUUGCGCCUACUUUCUGAUCACAUCAAAACACGCGCACGACGUGUGCUGUACCAACAAGAAGGAGUAUCGCGAGCACAAUAAGUGAGAUUCACGCGAUUGUUUCACACUUUCUAACACGUGUUUCUUCAGAUGGCGAAACAGCGGUCUCAUUUUAAAAACUGGCAGAAUCACGCAUCAAUCACACCGUCCUUUUGUCGUGAUCGACGAUGACAGUAGUAUUUAG